AUGGAACUUCAUGCUGUCAGAGAUCUGGGGACACCCAAGCGUGUUGGACCAAGCAUGUCAAAUACCAGCUCUGCCGAUGGCUUCGUUUUCCGCAAAGCCGGCCCUGAGCAUUACUUGGCCAUUGCGAGGUCGGCACGUGGUAUCCUGACUGUGUGUCCAACGGCGAGGAGGUCGACGCCAUCUGUCCCUCAACUGCAGACUUCCUCGGAUUUGACAUCCCGAUACUAUAACUACUCACCCGGUUUUGUCUGCCCUAACGCGUACGAAAUUGCUGGCAUCAUUGCCAUGGACGGCAGCUCAGCCACUGUGACGGGCGUCUUCACGUCAACCCGCUUCCAGUAUCCUGAAGGCGGCCCAACGUCCUUCCUGGCCGCAAACUUUUUGAUGCCUCCCUGGCUAUGCAUCAUCGAGCUCGCCGAAAAGACGGGCUCCCUCUUCCGGCUCAUCAACACCACCCGCGAGACGGUCACGCGCACGUUUGACUACUUUGGCAAGACGACGACCCGGACGGAGCACGUGCUUGCGGCUGUGACGUCGGGAACGAUCGGGCGCGAACCAUUCACCUUCACCGCGGACGAGUCGGGGUUUGCCAUGGAGGGCGAUAGAAUCACGUAUCCCACCGAUGAGCCGUUGGCCUUGGCGCCGUUGAUCUUGAUGGUUGUCGGAGUUGUUGCCUGUAGCGGUUUGCUGGUUGCAUGGUGA